AGCGAGGGGUUCUCGAACAAACCAGCCCCGCUCGCGACCAUUCCUCGAUCCGUUUGAGAGACAGACGCCUACACGCCAUCGAAUUCGCAUUUUGCGAAGCGAUAGGUACCUUGAAUACUUUUGCACAUUAACUCAAGUACGUCGCUCCAACAGCUGGGAACAGAACUGCGCUCAAACUUUUGCUCCGCUAUUGGAUUUCUCUACAAACGUCCAUCCCAUCCCAAUUCAUGGAUAUUUCUCAUCUUGGAAGCUGAUUGCGCCAGUACUAGGCAACGGGCGCCUGAAGGCGCGGGCUUUCCAAACUGGGGCAGAGUCAUCUCUUCAGGCUCAGCACAUACCUGAGCAACGCUCUAUAUCGCGUGACAUCUAACAAUGUCCGACCGGCGGUCUAAGCGGCGCUGUGUCACUGUGAAGUCCCAGGUGCCCUCGGCGAUUCACUAUGUGGGCUACGUGGAGGACGAUGAGACGCCAGAGAUGAUUAUGAAGAAGUUUGAGGAGCUGGAGCGCAUCAAAAAAGCUGCGCAGGAGCGGCGACAACAGGCGGGGGCAGCAGGAACCUCGGUCGCGGCUGCUUCUGGCGCACAGCCCGCGGCCGCAUCGCCGGACCCGAACCAGCACCCUGCCGCGCCACCCAGCACCAGCGCCGCAAACGCAGGCCAAGACGCCAGCACCGAUGGGGUAGGGGGCGCAGGCUCAAGUGCGGGACCAAGCACCGAGCCGCAGCCUCGCUCAGACCAAGCGCCAGCCUCCGCGCCUGCCGGGACCUGCGCCGACACUGCGCCGGCCUCCUCACGGGACGUCGAGGAACCAAACGCGCUCCCAACCCCGGCCGACGAAAGCCACCACGCACUAGACGAGGAGGCCCUGCUCGAGGUGUUCAAGCAGACGUCCGUCUUCAACGUGCGAUCGGCGCUCGCCAACAACGACCUUUUGAUGGAGGGCGACCACAACCCGAUGCACAUGCGCGACCAGGGCGGGUACGGCGGCGGUGACGUGGCGUACGGCAUGGAGGACCUGGUGUACGGCGCUGGGGCUGGCGACAGCGACCUGGAGGACGACGAGCUGCUGUACCUCAAGGGCUUCUGGAGUGAUGAGGACUAUGAAGUCGGCGGCGGCAAGGGCCGCGACGGCGCCGCGGCCGCGCGGCGGCGCCGGGCCGGCAGUGCGGGUGGCCAGCGCAGCAGUGGCGGCGCGGCGGGAUCGCGGCAGCCCCGUGCGCCCGGCGCCGGUGGCCAGUCGCGCCACAUGCUGCACCAGGUGGUGACGCAGUACAACCGCGACACCAACGCACUCAUCCGCCGUCGUAUCCGCGUCGGCGCCGGCGGCGCUGCGGCCAUCGGCGGCGCCCUGGCCGGCGGCGGCGGCCUGGUGCAGCUUCGCAUCCCGCCGCCGCCACUGCCGCUGUCCUGGGGCCGUACGGUACGGCCGUACGUGCCGCCGGAGCCCAUGCCGCCGCCAGAGCCGUUGGAGGGCAAGCCAGUGGAGGCGACGGCGGCAACGGCGGCACCAGCGGCGUCGAAGGAGGCGGUGGCGGCGGAAGGGGCUGAUGGUGUUGCGGCUGACGUGGCAGCAGCAGCGGUUGCGGCGGCGGCUGCGGAGGCAGCGGCGGCGGCGUGCCGUGGGUAUGAGGCGGCGGACCUGACCCGGUUCCCCUUCGACAAGGCGCUGGGGGGCAAGACCUACCAGUGCGUCAUGGUGAACGCGGGCUGGCAGCCGGCGGACGCCGCGGACGCCUUCGAGCGCGGCGAGGAGGCGGCGGUCCUGGAGAGGCUGCGGUCGCUGCCCAUCCCGCGGCUGUGCCCCAAGGGCUUCAUCAUGGUGUGGGCGCACAAGGGCCUGCUGCAGGCGGUGUGCCGCGCGCUGUCGGGCUGGGGCUACGUGUAUGUGGAGAACCUGACCUGGGUGCACAUGACGCCGGCCAACGCCAUCGCCGGACUGCCCGGCCGCCACUUCCGCCGCAGCCACUCCACGCUGCUCAUGUUCCGGCGGGAGGGUGAGGGCCGCGACAUCGAGCUGCGGCACCAGCGCAACCCAGACGUGGUGUUCGACUGCGUGCGCUGCCUGCCCGAGGGCGGCGGCUGGGACGCGCCUGCUGAGGUGCUGACGGCGGUGGAGACGCUGCUGCCGGCGGCCAAGGGCGCCUUCUUAGAACUGUGGGCGCAGCGCGGAGUGCGCAGGCCCGGCUGGGACCACAUCGCGGAGGUGUGCUGAUGAGCGGUGGGCGGGCGCAGGAGCGGAGGGGAGGAGGCGCGGCUGCAGCGGCGAACCGCGGUGGAUGGCGGAGCCGUGGAGGGAAGAGCGGCGACCCGGUGCAGAGGAGGCAGUGGGUCGGGAACCGUGCCGCGGAGUACCUGGGUUAGGGUUGACAGGAUAAGGCGCAGGAGGAAAGCGAGCGUUGCAGCAGGAGGUUUGGGUGCACAGGCAUGUACGUAUGAUGACGUACAGGUAUGGUUCAAAGGGGUGUCGGGUUGUGGUGUGGCUGGUCCGGGCUGCAGAUGCAUGGUGUCAAACUGAGGCCCUGUUUGUUCCGUUACGAACGAAGGUGCCUAUGUGUGGGUGGGUGGGUGGGUGGGUGGGUGGGUGGGGGGUGUUCCGCGCGCAGGAGCUGCGUUUACGAAGGCCG